AUGGAGGCGGCAGCGGUAGACGACGACGCCGCCGCCGCCGCCGCGGCGCCGCGCGCGUGGUCCUCGCCGCCCGAGGGAACCAGCCCCUUCGACAAGCCCCCUCUGGAGCUGAGCGCCGCCGACGUGUGGGACAUGGCCACGUCGUUCGGGGAGGCCCUGAAGCUGCUGGUCUCCAGCCGCGGCUACGAGACGCCGGGGGACUGCGGCGCCAGCAACGGCGGCUGCGGAGGCCCCGGCGACUGCGCCCAGGUGGCGGCCCCGCUCGCGUGGCGCGUGGUGCGCGCGCUCGAGGCGCUCGAGGCGCACGUGGCGCACGCGCGCAGCGCGAGCCGCGAGGCGCACGCGCUGCGCCGCGAGCUCGAGCGCGCCGCGGGAGAGCGCGAGCGCCGCGCGCUCCGCGACAGGGAGCACCUGCAGUACUUGGAGCAGGCCGAGGAGCUGUGGCGUCAGGAAUCAUGCGAUCUGCGGGAGAAGCUCGCGAAUUCGGAGCGCGAGAGGGCACGUCUGGAACGCGCUCUCGUCCUGUCACAGGCGCCUGUCGAGGACCUGUCUGACGCAGACACGUGGGACUUGGAGGACAUGAUCCGGCUCCAGAAUGAAAGAGACGCGGCUGAAAGGAAACUGAAGGAACGGGAGCGUGAGCUCAGGGAGAGGGAACAAGAUCUGAAGCAGAAGGAGCAAGAGUUGCGGGAAACGGAGCGAGAGAUGGCCCUGAGCCAGCGCGAAACUAAGGCCUUGCAGUUGCAAGUGAGCCGGCUGGUGUGCAUGAACAGCGAGCUGAGGCGACAAAAGUCUUGCCAGGCGCCGCCUGUCGCCGAGCUGGAAGCGAGGAAGAAAUCAUUCCGGGAUUCUCCAGUUCUCCGAUCGGAGGAGGAAGCCGGGCUGCAGCAAAAGCAAAUGCGUGUGGAGGCUCCCCAGAAAGUCACUGCUCCCGCUACCCAAGCAGCGCUCAAGGCAGCACAGAAUACUGACCAAAAUCCUCCAGUGGAACCCAGUCAACAACCGAAAGUUGGCACGGAGUCUUCCGCGAACGAACACGGAAAAAGCAACCCUCCGCAAAACUCCGGAGAAAAUAGGGAGAGCCCUCGCUACACGGUGCACGAGUUGCGGCACGUGCUGGAGGAGAGGAACCAGCUGAAGGCCGAGCUGCUGUCCCUGCAGGAGGAGCUGGCGCUUUACAGGGGUGAGGAGGGCGAGCAAGACGUCGAGCUCACCAACUCGUUGCCCGCUGAGAAAGCGCCCGCGGUGAUUCAGGACGUGUCCUCCCUGCUCUUUAAGACGGAUCAGCAAUCGGAGCCUCACAUCAAGCGACUGAUAUUUACGGCAAUCAUGCCACUGGUCGCAGCGGGGCUGCUCUACGAUGACCCCACACUCCAACCGAUCAGAAACUUCGUGUGCGACGUAAGCCGCCUCACCUCUCGCACGAAGCACCGCCACCUCGUAUGCUCACUUCACCCUCCUCGAGACAAUGAGCGAGAGAGGUUUAAUGCCGACUCCGGAGAGGACUUCACAAGCUAAACGCACAACCACGCUAUUGAGACGCGCCAUCAGCAAGGCGCACAUGCUAAGCGGGUGCCAUUUACACGUUGUUUUAGUCAAUGAUGGGGUCUCAAACUUAGAUGCAGUUUUAUAUUGAAGUGAAGAGUUUGCCGCUCUUAAUAUUUCCUGUAUAUACCCAUACACCAUAGCCUUCUGUUUGAAACGCUACCUUUAUGUCAGUCGUUUAAAAAUAAACACGCAAAAGAUCCCAAUAAGUGUGGUAAA